AUGACUACCAGUGAUAUACAAACAAGCGUUACGAAUGGGAUGAAUGGAUCCGCAACCGACGAAUCUCCAGAUGAAGGCCUCAAUAUCUUGAUUGUUGGUGCCGGCGUUGCUGGUUUGGCUGCUGGGAUUGGCUUGAGAAAACAAGGACACCAAGUCCAGGCCAAUAACCCGGUUGAACGUGUCCAGCGUAAUAAGUACACUAACUAA